AUCUUAGCCACCAGCUUUAAGUUACACACUGCCACUCUGACCAAAACCUGAGAGAGCAAUGUCACGUUCCUCAGUGUGAGGCUCGUAUGUGGCCACAAGAAGUUUCUGUAAGGAGCCAAACAAUGACUUUGUAAGACUGGAUUUGUUUUUACAUUUUGAUUUGCGGUAGGAUGGCAACCAUCAAAGUUGACCGAGCCUCUAAAUUUGAGACCUUAAAGCUCCUGGAGAAGUGCCGAAAAGAGCGGGACGAUGCGGUUCACCGAGAGAGCGUUCUGCGUGACAAACUCCGGCAGUAUGAGUCCAGACUACGCUCCGCUGAGACCUUAAAGCAGAAGUUCAAGACCCUUACGGCAGAAAACAAGGAGUUGAGGAAGCAGGUCAAGGCACUGCGCACAGAGAUAGGCCUCGAGUGCAGCCCCAAGUUCUACGGAAAGACCACCAAGGAUGUUGUCAGUGACCUGUACGAGAAAGAACGUCAGUGUGAUGCUCUGAUCGAGAAGGCAGCCAAGUUGGGCCUGACUGUGGAUGAGCUAACCUCAGAGUUGGCCAGCGCUGUCACAUCCAAGACGCUGCUAGAGGAACAGGUCCAGUCUUUGCAGCAGAAUCUCAAGGACAUGACCAAUAACCAGCGGCGUCUGCUCAAGCUGUGGGAAGAUAAGAGGGUUCAGCGGGAGCAGCAGGCCCUGCCUGCUAUUGCAGUGAAACCUGGGCAGAAACCCAUUUUUAUACAGAAGGCUGCUCAGACGGACAUGUCCAUCAGUGCAUCCCAAAAGCUUCCGGUCGAUGCCUUUGAGACCAAGACUGGCGAUGCAAAGACUGCAUUAGAUAUCCAUUCUCAUAUCGACAGAUCUUUUUUACGAGAUGAAAGCAAAGGAAUUAACAUAUAGUUAAUAUUAUAGCUUAAUAAUUUGGAGAAGUGAUAUUCCCCAUCCACGAAGGAUUAGUGGAAAAUGU